GUUUGAAAUCUGCUCUCUGAUCCAGCCAAUCGAUCAAAUGAAUGAUUCUGCAGUUCUUGAUUUUGUGUUGCUUGGACUUUCUAGUUCUUGGGAAACAACCAUUUGUCUUACGUUCACCUUCUCUUUGCUCUAUUUAGGAAUCAUCCUUGGAAAUCUUUUCAUUGUCUUUUUGGUAAUUACUGACUCUCACUUACAGUCUCCUAUGUACUUUCUACUGGCCAACCUGUCCCUCAUUGAUAUCAGCCUUUCAUCUACCACAGUUCCAAAGAUGGUCUCAGAUCUUUUACGUGAGAUCAAAGUAAUCUCUUUCCAAAGUUGCAUGACACAGAUAUGCUUCAUUCACAUCAUGGGGGGAGUGGAGAUGGUGCUGCUCAUAGCCAUGGCUUUUGACAGGUACACAGCCAUCUGUAAGCCUCUGCACUACUUGAGCAUCAUGAGCCCUAAAAUAUGUGUUUCCUUCGUAAUCAUUGGCUGGGUAACAGGAGUGAUCCAUGCCAUGUCUCAGUUUUCUUUUGUUAUAAACUUGCCUUUUUGUGGUCCUAAUCAAGUAGACAGCUUUUACUGUGACUUCCCUCGGAUCAUAAAACUUGCAUGCACAGAUGAAGCUAAGUUUGAGUUUGUUGUUGCUGCCAACAGCGGCUUCAUGAGCAUGGGCACCUUCUUCCUGCUUCUCCUUUCCUACAUCUUCAUUUUGAUCACAGUCUGGAAACGUUCUUCAGGGGACUUAUCAAAGGCUCUCGUCACUCUGUCAGCUCACAUCACAGUGGUGGUUCUUUUUUUUACUCCAUGCAUGUUUCUCUAUGUGUGGCCUUUCCCCACAUCAUCGGUUGACAAAUAUCUUUUCAUUGUGGACUUUGCUAUCACCCCUGUCCUGAAUCCUGUCAUCUAUACAUUUAGAAACAAAGAUAUGAAGAUUGCCAUAAAAAGACUGAAAAAGAAUCGAUGUUAUAUCAAAGUUUGCUGACCAGAUCUGUCAUGA